AUGGAAUCCAACCCAAAUUCAGCAACCUUGGCCCAGCAAGUUCAAGCCCUUGCAGCCACCAUUGAGGAACUCACCCAACAGAACCAGGAAAUGAAACAGCGGCUCCAGCAGGUUCAACAAGCUCAACAGGAAGAAAACCGGUCCAAGGGUAACACGGAGGGAGAAGGGGAUAGCCAACAGAGGGAAAUCCCCCGAAGACCAACUACUCCGGACGAACAGAACUCAGAUCUUCUUCGGGAAAUGAGGAAAGAGAUGGAUGAACUAAGGAGCGCUAUCAAAGAAAAGACGGACCGGAGUGUAGACAAAAUGGUAACGGCUACAGAUUCGCCCUUCACUGCAGCAGUACUUGAUUGCCCCGUGCCGUCAAAGUUUCGCCUGCCUCAAUUAGAGCCAUUCGACGGACUCAAGGACCCUCAGGAUCAUCUUAAUACCUUUAAGACGACUCUGGGUCUCCAGCAGCCACCUGACGAGAUAUUGUGUCGUUCCUUCCCUACGACCCUCAAAGGAGCUGCAAGAGAAUGGUUUACUAAGUUACCAAACUCGUCCAUAGACAACUUCGAUCAGCUGAGUAGUGCUUUUUUGCGCCACUUCAUAGGGGGACAACGCCCAAGGAGACCAGUAGAUUAUUUACUCACCAUAAGACAAGGAGAGAAGGAGACUCUGAGGUCAUAUAUCAAGCGAUUCACCCGGGAAACUCUGGAAGUGGACAAAGCUGAUGACAAGGUGCAGCUGACGACCUUCAAAGCAGGGUUGAGAUCCAGAGACCUUGUGACCUCUCUUGCAAAAAACCCCCCGAAGACAAUGGCUGAGAUGCUCCUGAAGGCACAAAAGUACAUGAACGCGGAAGAUGCUCUAGCUGCCAUAAAAGAUGCUGAGAGACCAGGGGACAAGUCCAAAGGAGAAGACGACCGCAGAGGGCAAAAGAGAGACAGACCAGAACGUCGGAACAACGACGGGAAUAGAAGGAGAGACGACAAAAAUCCUCGUCAGGUUCCGCUUUAUGCGCCACCAACUGCAAUAUCUCAUGUCUCUUAUUUGUUUCCAUUUUAA